UGAAGUUCGAGAAUAAUAAGGACAAGGUGCAGAGGUGGAAGGAUGCUCUAAGCAAAGCCGCUAAAGUAUCUGGAUGGCAUUACAUGAAAGGUUGCUCUACAUAUAAAUCUGAAUCUCACUUCAUUCAAAACAUGUUGAAGAGAUAUCAAGUGCUAAAUUAAAUUGGAUGCCGCUAUAUGUUGCUAAAUACCCAGUUGGAAUAAAUUCUCGUGUAGAGGACAUAGAGUCACUUUUAGAUAUUGGGUUAGAUGAAUUUUGCAUGGUAGGGAUUCAUGGCCUUCCCGGAGUAGGAAAGACUACAAUCGCAAAAGCUGUUUAUAAUAAAAUUGCUAAACAUUUUGAUGUAAGCAGCUUUUUAGUGAAUGUUAGAGAAAAUUUGGGGAUAGAUGCUGGCAUAAUCACACUACAAGAGCAACUUCUUAAUGACAUCUUAGUGGAUGAAAAUUGGAGAGUGGGCAACAUAUUUAGAGGAAUCAGCUUAAUAGAGAAGAGACUUCGUUGUAAAAAGGUUUUUUUAAUUCUUGAUGAUGUCGAUGAUUUGACAAGAAUAGAGAAUUUGCUUGGAAAAUGUAAUUGUUUGCUCCUAGAAGCAGAGUCAUUAUAACAUUAAGAGAUAGAUGCUUGUUAGCUGCCCUUAAAGAAAAACUUUGUAAAAGUUACAAGGUCAAGGGAUUCAAGGUUGAGCAAUUAAACAAACAUGAAGCUCUUCAACUCUUCAAAGACCAUGCCUUUUCGGGAAACAAACCUCAUGAUGAAGAUUAUUCUAAACUUGCAACUAAAUUCAUAGAUUUUGCCAAUGGCCUUCCACUAGCUCUAGAAAUAAUAGCUUGUGAUUUGUGUGGAAAAGCUAAAGAUGAAUGGGAAAGUGCAUUAGAUAUUUAUAACAAAAUCCCCAAUGAAGACAUUAAAAAAAUACUUAGAGUAAGUUACGAUGGAUUGCAUGAAACAGAGAAAGAUAUUUUUCUUGAUAUUGCAUGCUUCUUCAAAGGUUGGAACAAAGAUUAUGUUGUAAAGAUAUUAAAUGCUUGUGAAUUACGACCUGGCUUUGGUAUUCCGAGACUUGUUAAUAAGUGUCUCAUAACUGUUGACGGCUCUGGUAGAUUGUCAAUGCAUGACUUGAUACAACAAAUGGGUAAGGAAGUUGUUCGACAACAAGCACCAAAUAUUCUCAGAAAACGUAGCAGGUUAUGUUUUUAUAAGGAUUCACUUAAAGUACUAACUACAAAUAAGGGAUCAAAAAACAUUCGAGGCAUAAUGUUGCAUUCACGUCAACAAUUAGAGGUGCAACUACACACUGAAGCUUUCAGAAGGAUGGAAAAUCUCAAAUUUCUAAUAGUUGAGAAUGUACAUAUUCAUAAACCACUUGAAUUUCUUCCCAAAAAUUUAAUACUUCUUAAGUGGCCCCAAUAUCCUUUUCACUGGCCAUCAGAAUAUUUUGCUAAACAACUUGUUGCUGUUGAGAUGCCACAUAGUUGCAUUAGAUUGCCAAGGCUAUUCAUGCAGUGCCGGUUAGAAAAUUUGACAGACAUCGAUCUUCAAGGUUGUAAAUUUAUUACGAUUUUACCUAAAUUAUGGGUCCCAAAUUUAGAGAAUUUGAACCUCUCUUAUUGUGAAAACUUAGUUGAGAUUGAUGAAUGCUUUGGAUAUCUUGAAAAGCUUAGAAUAUGGUAUCUCAAUGGUUGCAUAAAACUUCAGUUUCUUCCAAGCCAACUCAGGUUGAAAUCUCUUUAUUCUUUUUAUCUUACUGGCUGCUCAAGGCUUGAGAAGCUCCCUCAUUUUCAUCAAGAAAUGGAAUGUUUAAAGGGUUUAUAUUUAAGUGGGAGUGGUAUUAGAGAGGUGCCUUCAUCAAUCGAGCAUCUCACUAAGCUUAAUACAUUAAUCCUUCAUAAUUGCAAAAACCUUCGGGAUCUUCCAGAUAGCAUUUAUAAAUUGCGAAGGCUUCGGGAAUUGUGGACUUCUACUACCAAAUUGAGACCGAUGUGCAAUUCUUUUGAUAGCUCUUCCGAGGGCUAUGAAUUAUAUCUUUUAACGAUGCCUAACUACUUCCCUGCAUUGGAAAUUUUAAGUCUAUCUUCAAACAAUAUUGUUACCAUCCCUGAAAGCAUUAGCAGAUUUCCCAAAUUAAAAUACCUUUCUAUUACGAAUUGCAAGCUUCUUCAUGAAAUUCAAGGACUUCCCCAAUCGAUAAGAGAGGUUCAUGCGAACAAUUGCAUGUUGUUGGAUACCCAAUCAGCAAGCAGGCUAUUGAAUCAGGUAAUAGAAAUGACUGGGAUUUUACCAAAUAGAGUAUGUGGCAGUGCAAGAAGCACCAAUUACUUCCCAUCUGAAACUGAAGAUGGAGACAUAUCAAUGGAUCGGCAGUUCUCCAAUUAUUUCCCAUCUGAAACUGAGGGCGUUGAAUAUGAAGAUCGGGACGUUUAUCGAAUUAUGAUUUUUUGGGGAACUAAGAUGCCAGAAUGGUUUAAUCAUCAAAGUGUUGAAAAUUCCAUAUUUUUCUGGGCUGGUCGCAAAUUUCCAAAAUUGGUUGUCUGUGUUGUUCUUGGACGAGAGGGCUUUUAUGGCUCUGUUGACAUUUCCAUCAAUAGUUAUAAAAAACGUGAAUAUGAGCAUAUUAGACACUCUGGAAAUAAUUGUAAUCUACAUUUAUUUUCUCCACCUCAACGGUCUCUACAGGAGCAUUUGAAUGAAUCAAAUCCAACUGACCAGAAUCAUGUUAAGGUUUCAUAUAGAAUCCAUUACCAGAAUCUUGUUGAUGUUACAUAUAGAAACGCGAAUGGUAUAAAAAGGUGGGGGGGGUCCACGUAGAAUGCACCUGUCCUU